UAGCAGAGAGACAGACGGAGAGAGUGAGGACAACAUCAUCAUCAUCAUCAUCACCACCACUGCUAUCACCCACAUGGUCAUUAUCAUUUCUUCUCCCCUUCUUCUUCUUCUUCUUCUUCUUCAUUACUUUUGUCAUCGUCAUCGUCGUGUUCCUCAUCAUUAUCGUCACUCGUCGCGAGAUUGUUCAACUCUUCAGAGGGAUUGGCUUCCAGUUUUUGUCAUUCAUGAAUGUGUCCUUAAUUCACUUGAAGGCAGUGGAUCCAAAUUGAGCAACACGAGUGGCACGCUGUGACAUCGAUAUCAGAGUUGAUAUUUGGCCACACCACAAGCUGCCUGAUACAAUUUGUCAACAUUUAUGGUGGGAGGCUCUUGCACAUAUUGUUGUUACCUAUGGAGUGAGCCGUUCGUUCAGCUGGAGGCAUCCUUCAUUGAACGUGCAGCAAGGGACCAAGAUUGCCUUAUCAGUGAGAGCAAUUACUCAAUUACCGCCCAACCCCCUCCAAGGCAAAAGGAUUCAAACACAUUGAAAGCCUACGACUGCGAAAAGUGUUGUGCCAAGUCCUGACGAUCGGAUUUCCUAAGUGAAGCUUUUAAACAAUAUGCAGGCCAGAUUGCCGCGAAUCUAGAGGAACCUGAUCCGGCAUAAUUCCUCCUCCGGCCUGAAUAUUACCGCAAAAGUGGAGCUGCUUGAUUGUGAUGCCCUACUCGUGCCUCCACAGGAUCAUCCCCAACUCCAAAGAGUGAGAGAGAAGUGCUUGUCCCCAGUGAAACAUCCCGUUGUCGAUGUUCUUUUCAUUAGUGUUAGUGUUGACUAUGGUGUUGACAACUGACGAGUGAACGAGACCAAGUUCGUCCAAUUCAAUCAUCAAUCAUCCCCCGUUUGUCUCCAUUUCUCCGUCUGUGGUGCUCUCUGCUCUCUAGCAAUUAUCCAGGGGAGGCCAGUAAUCUGUUUCUCGGAGACUUCCGGUGAUAAGUUGAGAACGCGGUCCGGAAUAUCAUUACAGACAGUUCGCGUAUAUUCAAAACUGCCGGCCAACAUCAUGUCCACGGGACGAGUGUCAGUGGAGCGUGGUGUCAAUGUCAGUCAACAUGGUCAUGAUGGUGAUGAGCUUGUCACAAAGGCCGAGCCAUCGUGCUUUUCGAGUGAGGAUGCCACUUUAGAUUCCAGUCCAGCCAUGGCCAGUUUAGCCGAGUCCUGGGCGUUCUUGGAUCAAGAGUUGGACAAAUUUCAGAAGAUUUGUGCUGAGUUGGAAAGAGACAUCACAACCGUCGAAAAAAACGAAGAAGCGAAUUCCCCGUCAUCCAUCAACGAUCGUGGGUCUCAGUCCUCUCAGCCCUCUAUCGCAUCAUCGACUGCAGACUCCCUGCUCAAAAGGAAAGGUCCGCCUCCCCCCACGCCCCCCAAACCUCCUUCGUUGGGGGCGAAACCCAAGCCGCCUUUGGCGCCCAAGCCGAAAAUUGUCAUUUCGAGCAACUCUGAUGCGAUUCCAACUAGUCCAACGAUUCAAACAAACUUGUAAACCUUACUCGCAAAUUCUGUCAUAUCAUGUAACCUAUUGCCUUUAAGAACAAAAUAUAGUCAUUUAGUGCAAGGAAAUUCAAU